CAGAAUCAGAGAGGAGCAGAGUGGAGAGUUUCAGGACAAGAUGAAAACUCUUCUCCUGCUCUCUGCCAUCCUGGCAGUAACUGCUUGUCUCCCGGUGCCUAAGGACCAGGAACGAGAAAAACGAAGUGCCAGUAACAGUGACAGUGAUGAAUUCCCUUCACGGAUUCCCUUUCCCCCAUACGGGUAUCCAUUUGGUACAUACCCACCAUUCUUAAAUCAAGGCAACCCGUGGUAUUAUUAUUAUUAUUAUUAUCAUUAUCCUCUUUUCCCCCUGCCCUUCACUCCACCUCCAACUGCAGAUCCCUAACAGCAAAUAAAAGAAAAGUCACACUGUGGAUUAUUUAAGGUUACUUUGAAAUUGAAUAUGAACCACUUUCUUGAAGGAUCAAUAUUCCUGUUAAGAGAGAAAAAUAAAAGCAAUUGAAAUAGCAUA